AAUUUUCAUGGACUCUUCAGCUCCCAAGUCAUGAACUUCAAUGCCUCACAAGUCUGAAGUCACAAUGCUUUUGAAUCUCAAGAUGAGUGUGAAUCGGCGAAAUUGGCUCAAACAUGGAUGUAAUCUCAGAUUGGUGAUCUUAGUUAUGUGGUUGGUUUGUUAUGUUGGUAAUGGUCAAACUAUUGCGGACACCAGUGAGUUCAACAAUCCAGCUGUUCUUCCGCUCGUUACACAGAUGGUUUACCGUAGUCUUUCUAAUAGCACCGCUGCUCUCAAUCGUGAGCUCGGUACCAGGGCAAAGUUUUGCGUCAAAGACCCGGAUGCUGAUUGGAAUAGAGCUUUUAAUUUCUCAUCCAACUUGAAAUUCCUAUCUUCUUGCAUUCAGAAAACUCAAGGUGAUAUUGGUAGGCGUAUCUGUACAGCAGCAGAGAUGAAGUUCUAUUUUAAUGCUUUCUUCAAUAAAACGAAUAACCCGGGCUACUUGCGACCAAAUGUUAAUUGCAACUUGACUUCAUGGGUCUCUGGUUGUGAACCUGGAUGGGGCUGUAGUGUUGAUUCAACCGAACAAGUCGACCUGCAAAACUCCAAAGAUUUUCCUGAAAGAAGAAGAAACUGUAUGUCUUGCUGCGAAGGUUUUUUCUGCCCCCGUGGCCUCACUUGUAUGAUACCUUGCCCCCUUGGUGCUCAUUGCCCUUUAGCUACCCUUAAUAAAACUACAAGCUUAUGUGAACCGUACACUUAUCAAUUACCAUCAGGACGACCAAACCACACUUGUGGAGGUGCAAAUGUAUGGGCCGAUGUCCGAUCCAGCGGUGAAGUAUUCUGUUCCGCGGGAUCAUAUUGUCCAACCACAACCCAAAAAGUACCUUGUGAUAGUGGGCACUACUGCAGGAUGGGGUCUACAUCUGAGAAACCCUGCUUUAAGUUGACGUCUUGCAAUCCCAACACAGCAAAUCAGAACAUGCAUGCAUUUGGGGUUAUGGUUAUCGCUGCAGUGAGUACUAUGCUACUCAUUAUCUACAAUUGUUCCGAUCAAAUCCUAACAACAAGGGAAAGGAGACAGGCUAAGUCAAGGGAAGCAGCGGUGAAGAAAGCGAAAGCUCAUCAGAGAUGGAAAGCUGCUAGAGAAGCUGCUAAAAAGCAUGUGAGUGAGAUCCGUGCGCAAAUAACUCGGACAUUUUCAGGUAAAAAACCCAAUCAUGAUGGGGAUACCCACAAGAUGUUGGGUCGUGGGGACUCUUCAGAGGUAGAUGAAGAUAUAGACAUGUCCAAAUAUUCAAGUCCUGCGAGUUCCUCUGCUGCACAAUCUAGUUAUGAGAAUGAGGAUGAUGCCGCCACUGGGAGUAAUGGAAGAGCAAGUCUUGACAUAGAAGGAAAGAGAGUCAAAGGACAGACUUUGGCCAAAACUAAGAAAACACGUAGCCAAAUCUUCAAGUAUGCUUAUGAUCGGAUUGAAAAGGAGAAAGCCAUGGAGCAAGAGAAUAAAAAUCUCACCUUUUCAGGAAUAGUUAAAAUGGCUACUAAUUCUGAGACGAGAAAGAGGCCUCUCAUGGAGCUUUCUUUCAAAGAUUUAACUCUUACCUUGAAAUCCAAUGGUAAGCAAGUGUUGAGAUGUGUCACAGGAAGUAUGAAACCAGGUCGGAUCACAGCUGUGAUGGGUCCAUCCGGAGCAGGAAAGACGAGUCUUCUUUCUGCUUUGGCUGGGAAAGCUGUCGGGUGCAAAUUGAGUGGUUUGAUUCUUAUAAACGGGAAGCAGGAAUCAAUCCAUUCAUAUAAAAAAAUUAUUGGGUUUGUGCCUCAAGAUGACGUUGUUCAUGGAAACUUAACAGUAGAGGAAAAUCUUUGGUUCCAUGCUAAAUGCAGAUUACCUGCGGGUCUAUCGAAAGCAGACAAAGUUCUUGUGGUUGAAAGAAUCAUCGACUCUUUGGGGCUACAAGCUGUGAGGAGUUCUUUAGUUGGUACGGUAGAGAAGCGGGGAAUCUCAGGAGGGCAGAGGAAACGAGUGAAUGUGGGUUUAGAGAUGGUAAUGGAGCCUUCAGUUCUAUUCUUGGAUGAACCUACUUCUGGCUUGGAUAGUGCCUCAUCACAGCUUCUUCUUAGAGCACUUCGGCAUGAAGCCCUCGAGGGAGUCAAUAUUUGCAUGGUUGUUCACCAACCAAGUUAUACUUUGUUCAAAACGUUCAAUGAUCUAGUCCUUCUUGCGAAAGGUGGUCUUACUGUUUACCACGGAUCAGUCAACAAAGUCGAGGAAUACUUCUCGGGUCUGGGAAUAGAUGUUCCAGACCGUAUCAACCCUCCUGACUAUUACAUUGAUGUUCUGGAAGGAGUAGUGAUUUCAAUUGGGAAUUCUGGUGUUGGUUACAAAGAGCUUCCUCAAAGGUGGAUGCUUCACAAAGGGUACUCGGUUCCAUUAGAUAUGCGGAACAACAGUGCUGCUGGACUUGAAACGAAUCCAGACACUGGUAAUAAUUCACAUGAUAAUGCAGAACAAACAUUUGCCGGAGAGCUGUGGCGAGAUGUGAAGAGUAAUUUCAGGUUGCGUCGUGAUAAAAUACGGCAUAACUUCUUAAAGUCUAGAGAUUUAUCCCACAGAAGAACCCCUACUACGUGGCUGCAAUACAAAUAUUUCCUUGGAAGGAUAGCUAAGCAGCGAAUGAGAGAAGCUCAAUUACAAGCCACAGACUAUUUGAUCUUGUUGCUUGCUGGAGCUUGUUUAGGAUCACUGAUUAAAGCAAGUGAUGAGAGCUUUGGAGCUCCUGGUUAUACCUAUACUAUUAUCGCAGUCUCUCUUCUCUGCAAAAUAGCAGCUUUAAGAUCAUUCUCACUAGACAAGUUACAUUACUGGAGAGAAAGUGCUUCAGGGAUGAGUAGCUCGGCCUGCUUCCUUGCCAAAGAUACAAUAGACGUUUUCAAUAUACUUGUCAAGCCAUUGGUCUAUCUCUCCAUGUUCUAUUUCUUCACAAACCCAAGAUCCACAUUUUUCGAUAACUAUAUUGUUUUGGUCUGUCUCGUAUAUUGUGUGACCGGUAUUGCAUAUGCGUUGGCUAUCUUUCUCCAACCAAGCACAGCCCAGCUGUUUUCUGUUCUUCUUCCAGUCGUUUUAACACUUGUGGCAACCCAACCGAAGAAUAGUGAAGUUAUUAAGAUCAUAGCCGAUUUAAGUUAUCCAAAGUGGGCUUUGGAAGCAUUUGUGAUAGGAAAUGCUCAAAGGUACUAUGGAGUAUGGAUGAUUACUCGAUGUGGAUCGCUUAUGAAGAGUGGCUACGACAUUAAUGAAUGGAAUUUAUGUAUAAUGAUAUUGCUUCUCAUAGUUCGCAGGGAUCUGAAGCUUCCGGUAGAAGAAGAGCUUUGCGAUCCUGCGGUUGGUUAGAUUUGACGAAAGAUUAUAGCUUUGUUGUGAAAUUAUUUGUUCAUCUUAGUUCCUUUUCUUAUUAGAGUAAGAAACUUUGUGCAGGUCUUUUGUGGCAUCAUUGUUGGUUUUUAUACCCAAGAAAAAGUGUUGUCAUGUUUGAUUAGCUAAUAUAUAAGCUCUUUAUAAAUCUUGGAUUGGUCU